AUGUCAGGCAACACCCUUAGAGGCACGCCCAAUCGCGGCCAGGCCCGUGGAGGCAUCCCCUUCACCCAGAGCCCCUCCGUCACAGGCUCUGCACCUCCCGCCGCCGUAUCCUCUGGCAUUCCGCGCCCUGUCCUAGAAACCCAGGCUACCCAGAGCGAAGUUGGCGGCGGCGGCGGCGGUGGUAGUGGAUCAGGAGUCAGUGCCAGUCGGCAGAAGCAGACCAAGAGAGAUGAGCUAUCGGACCGCGUCUUCAAUCGGACCUCCAGAAGCUAUUCCCACUGCAACAACUGCUACCUCCAAAUGGCCAGACUUACCUACGGCGAGCUCGAAAGAGCCAGAAUGCUCGACACAAUGGAUACUGACUACUACGUCAAGGCAAUUCGCAAGAAGAUGGAGAGCGAUCUCUCAAAGAAGAAGCACCUCACGAGCCGAGCCCGUCACUCACGCAAAGCCCCGCCGGGAACCGUCCUCGCCUUGAAGCCUAGUCAAGCCCUGCAGAUCAAGCCCGCCACCACCGUCGCCGAGGCUGCCCAGCUCAUGGCCGCCAAGCGCGAGGACUGCGUGCUCGUCACCGACGACGACGACCGUAUCGCCGGUAUCUUCACCGCCAAGGAUCUCGCCUUCCGCGUCGUCGGCGCCGGCCAGAAGCCAAACCACAUCACCAUUGCCGAGAUCAUGACCAAGAACCCCCUCUGCGCCCGCACCGACACCAGCGCCACCGACGCCCUCGAUCUCAUGGUCCGCAAGGGUUUCCGUCACUUGCCGGUCAUGGACGAGAACCAAGAUAUUUCCGGUAUUCUCGACAUUACAAAGUGUUUCUACGAUGCCAUGGAGAAGCUGGAGCGUGCCUACUCGUCCUCGAGACGUCUGUACGAUGCCCUCGAGGGUGUCCAGUCCGAGCUCGGCACGAGCCAGCCGCAACAGAUUAUCCAAUACGUUGAGGCUCUGCGUUCCAAGAUGUCGGGCCCGACUCUCGAGUCGGUCCUCGACGGACGGCCCCCGACAACGGUCAGCGUGAGAACCUCGGUCAAGGAGGCGGCACAGAUGAUGAAGGAGAACCGAACCACUGCCGUCCUGGUGCAAGAUCAGGGCGCCAUCACUGGUAUCUUUACCAGCAAGGAUGUCGUCCUUCGUGUCAUUGCCCCUGGUCUUGACCCCGCGACGUGCAGCGUUGUCCGCGUCAUGACGCCUCACCCGGACUUUGCUCCCAUGGAAAUGAGCAUCCAGGCUGCUCUCCGCAAGAUGCACGACGGCCACUACCUCAACCUUCCCGUCAUGAACGAGGGCGGCGAAAUCGUCGGUAUGGUUGACGUUCUCAAGCUCACCUACGCUACCCUCGAGCAGAUCAACACCAUGUCCACUUCAGACAGCGAAGGACCCGCGUGGAACAAGUUCUGGCUUUCGCUUGACGACGGCACCGAGUCCAUGAUGUCCGGCGAGGGCAGCCACACCCAUCACACAAAUCUGGGCUCACGCAUCAUGUCUCCCGACAUCACCCGGGAGCGCAUCGGCGACAGUGUUGCUCCCGGUGACUCUGCCUCCCACGUCGGCUUGGAGUCACCGCCUCGCUCCGCCGUCACCGGCAACAGCCCGGCUCAGCAGUCCCCUGCGGAACUGCCCUUCCCCUUUAAGUUCAAGGCCCCAUCCGGCCGUGUGCACCGCCUGCAGGUCAUCGCCUCCCAGGGUAUCUCAGCGAUGGUUGCCAACGUUGUUGCUAAGCUGGGAAGCGAGAUCGACGCCAUUGGCGGCGCUCCCGUGGCCGACGAGGGCAAGAUCUCGGGUGGCUUCGCGCUCAGCUACCUCGACGACGAGGGUGACUCCGUCUCCAUCACGACAGACAAUGAUUUGCUCGAGUCCAUUCUCCUCGCCCGCCAGAGCCGUCGGGAAAAGGUCGACCUGUUCGUCCACGACCCCGAGAAGCCCCCCGUUUCCGCCGCACCCCCCACUAUCGAGACCAUUGCGCUCCCCACUCCUCCCAUCUCCGCCACGCCCGACCUGCGCCGGAGAAGAGCCUAUGAUGACGAGGACGACGAGGCGGAGGAUGAGGACGAGGAUGAGUCUACGAUCCGCAGGUCGCGUCGCGCGAAACACCACGCACCUGCCGAGAAGGAGGUCAUUGCCGGCGUCCCGAAUGAGCUGCUGCUUCCCGGUGCCAUUGUGACGUUGGCGGUUGUCAUUGUCGGUGUGUUCACGAUCUCGCGCCUGACCAGUAGCACCAACGCCGCCCGCCAAAACGCCAUGAUUGUCAGAAGCAUAGUCAGCCGGCAUGGCAGCAGAGCCUUGCUGGCGCCAGCAGUCGCCCGAUCAUGCCACCGCGCCGGCAUCACAACCGACGCCCUCGUCGGCGCCAUGACGCCCGAGACCUUUGCAGACUUGACCACCUCUGCCGCCCUCGGCCAGAUCCCAGGCCGAACCGCCGCCCCUUCGCUCCAGCACGAUCCGGAUGCCGUCGCCGCGCGCACCGAGGCGAUUGAAGCGCGCUCCAAGACGGUGCCCAACGCCUACAACCGCUUCCGCCGCCAGCAGAACCUUCACGCCCGCGUCGGCGCCUCCGUGGGGCGGCCGUACGUCCCCUCUGCGCUGAUUGAGAACCCGCCGAGUCCCAAGGACAUCAGCCUCGAGCUCCUGAUGGCGAGUCAGACGCACAUGGGGCACCAUACCUCGCGCUGGAACCCGGCGAAUGCGAGGUACAUUUAUGGUGUGCGUCAGGGGAUUCACAUCAUUUCGCUCGAGACGACGGCGGCGUACCUCCGUCGCGCGGCGCGCGUCGUCGAGGAGGUGGCGUACCGCGGCGGGUUGAUCUUGUUUGCGGGCACGAGGAAGGGACAGAUGGAUAUCGUGACGAGCGCGGCGAAGCUGGCGGGCGGGUGUCAUUUGUUUACCAAGUGGACGCCCGGCAACAUUACGAACCGCGAUGUGAUUAACCAGGGGAAAGAGGUGCGGAUCGUGGAUGAGAAGGAUUUGACGCUGCAGGGGUUUGAGAGGUUGCAGAGGACGGGGAGGCCGUUGGUGCCCGACUUGAUUGUGUGUUUGAAUCCGAGGGAGAAUUAUACCAUGCUGUACGAGUGUGGGUUGGCGAAUGUCCCGACGAUUGGGAUCAUUGAUACGGAUGCGAAUCCGGAUUGGGUUACGUAUGCUGUUCCUGCCAAUGAUGACAGCUACCGAUCCGUCGCCGUCAUCGCAGGCGUCCUCGGACGCGCGGGCGAAGCGGGCCAGAAGCGCCGUCUCGCGGCCGCGGAGAAUGGCGAGUCGGAGUGGACUACCCCCUUGGAGACGCAGCGCUUCAUGAAGGCCCAGGAGAAGGCGUGGAAGACGGAGUUGAAGAAGUGGGAGAUGACGAGCACGUUUUCGGCACACAAUAAGGGUGAGAGCGAGGAGGCGAGGCUGCUUGAGAUGUUGCAGGUUGAUCGGACCAAGGCUGUUGACGGUGAGCUUUGA